AUGUAAAAGAGAAAGUCUCAUAAUAAACUUCCAACUGAGAUCAUCCACCCUAAUAACUGCUUUAUUAUGCCUAAAUCGAUUAGGACUACCUAGACUUCAUCCCAAAAUAUUUAAGUUUAAAAGUUUCCUUCUUCUAAUAAUAUCGAUGAUUCAGAUUAAAUAUAUCGUUCAGAAAUCAUAAUGAACCAUCGUUAAUCACUUAACUUAUAUAAAUCUAAUUUGGAAUCUGCACUUCACUAUUCUGACAUCAAUUAAGCUCAGCUUUAGAGAAUCAACUAAUAGUUAUUAUAAAAUAACAUUGAUCUCCAGGUACUCUACAAUAAAUCGGAAUAAGAAAAUAAAUAAUUAUAGAAUGAGCUCACCAAUUUUAAAAAUCGAAUAUCAUUAAAAGAAAUCGAAUUUAAGCAAACUGUUGAAAAUAAUGCACAAUAUAUGAAGGAGAUAGCUUAAUUGAAAAUUUAAAUGCAAAAGUUAAAUUAAACUUUAAAUAAACUAUCUGAGGAGAAUAAUUAGUUAAAAGAGAAAUUCGAAAUGAAUUAAAACUUUAGUAACUCUCUGUCUUAGAUAUAAGGUCUAUCAAGUAGAAGAGAGGGUAACUAAUAAAAUGAUUGCAAUUUAAGUGGAUCAAUAAUAUCCCAAAACUCAAGAAUCAAAACUAAUAGCUUUUCAAACACAAAACACAAUAUCUCCGAUUAUCAGACUUAGAUAAUUUCCUACUAAAAUUAAGUGGCUGAAAAGAACUAAUUAAUUUUGGGUUUAUAAUCGUAAGUCCGAAAUUUGACUGAAGUUUAGAGAUAAUUGAUGUCUCCAAAGAAAAAAUAUAUAAAUGAUUCCUAGGAUUUCAACUUAAAUAAUCCUACACAAACACCAAUAGAAAACUCUAACACUUAAAAUGAAAGUAAUAUUGGUAGCAAUAUCAAAUUAUUAAAUUUGAUUAAUGAUCCGAAAAAUUAAGACUCAACAAUUCACAGAACUAUAUAAUCGGAUGAAAUUGAUGGUGGACCAAGCAUAAAGUCAUCAAUAACAAAUUUAAAAUCGAAAUAGGAAUUAUCGAAAAUUUAUAAGAAAAUUAAUUAAUCAACUAUUUAUACAGCAGGUCUUUACUCUAGUUUAUUAGAUUAUCAAUAUUUAUCAAAUAACAAAUUACUCAGUGCAUCAAGUUCAAAGGAAUUUAUUUUACACUGA